AUGCCGGUCUUGAAGCCGCUUUCGGGUGAUCCGGAUGCGCCCCAACAACACAAACAACCGUCCAGGAAAGGAAAGAAGGCAUGGCGCAAGAAUAUCGACAUUUCCGAGGUGCAGCAGGGUCUCGAGGAGCUCAAUGAGCAGAUAAUCAAGGGAGGAGUCAUUGCUGAGAAGGACUCGUCGGAACUCUUUACCCUUGAUGUCGUCGGCGACUCGGAGCUCACGAAGCGGUUCCCCAAGCACAUCAAGAAGGACUUGAAGGCCGACGAGAUUAUUGCGCAACGAUCGGCGGUGCCAGCUGUGUCCAUUCGCAAGCGACCUGCCGCUGACAAGACAACCGACGGGAUCCUCCCUGUGAAGAAGCAGCGGACUACCUAUGUUACGCACAAGGAGCUGGCGAGGAUAAAGAAGGUCGCCGAUGGCCGUCACGAGCAGACGGUUGAAGUGGUAGACGCAGAGUACGAUGUAUGGGCUGAGCCCAAGGAAGGGCCUAAGACCGAGGAGCAGUUCGAAUUCUUGCCCAAGGCCGAGAAGAUAAAGAAGCCCAAGACCCUGGAGUUGGAGCCUAUUUCCCUGGCAGCCAGCGGGAAACCCAUUCCUGCUGUGCCGAAGCCCAAGGGUGGCCACAGUUACAACCCCGCCUUCAACGAUUACCGGGACCGGCUGAUCGAAGAAAGCGAAAAGGCUGUGGAAGCAGAGAGGAAAAGGCUGGAGGCCCUUGAGGCGGAGCGCAUUAGGUUGGAAGCGGCGGCACGGUCUGCAGCCGAGGCAGAGGCAGCCGAGGCGCGGGCCGACCUUUCAGAGUGGGAGGACGACUCGGCAUGGGAAGGGAUCGAAAGCGCGGGCGAAGAGCUCAGUGUCAAGGCAAAGAGGCCACGACGGAAGACGCAGGCUGAGCGGAACAGGAUCAAGCGCCGGAAGGAGAAGGAGCGGAGAGCGAAGCAUGAAGCUGCCAUGAAGCGGAAGAAUGCCCAGGCGGAGCGCAUCAAGCAAAUCGCGCUCGAGGUGGCGGAGAGGGAGCGUCAGAUGGCGCUGGAGAAGGUCGAGAUGAGCGGCGCCAGCGACAUGGAGGAAGGCGAUGACGUCGAGCUGCGGCGGAGGCAGUUCGGCAAGCUCAAGUUGCCAGAGAAGGAUCUGGAGUUGGUGCUUCCUGACGAGUUGCAGGACUCCCUCCGGCGGCUUAAACCUGAAGGGAACCUCCUCAAAGACCGCUACCGCAACAUGCUGGUCAGGGGCAAGAUGGAGGCCCGGAGGAAGAUACCGUUCAGGAAGCAGGCCAAGACCAAGGUCACUGAGAAGUGGACAUUCAAGGAUUUCUCGGUUUAG